GCCGCGGAGUCCGAACGGCGCGCGGCGGGGCCGUUCCCGGGCAGCGCGAGCCGAGCUGAGCCGGCGGCGCACGCGGGCGGAGCGCGGGCAGAGCGCGGGCAGCGGGACCGGAGCGGAGCGGAACGGGACGGGACGGGACCUCGAGCGAGCGCGAUGAGCUUCCUCAGCCUGCAGCGGGCAGCGCCGCCCCGGCGCGUCUCGGCACGGCGGGCGGCCGCCCCGAUCCGGCAGAAGCUGCUGUUCCUGAGCGGCCACAGCGACUGCGAGGAGGAGGAGGAGGAAGAGGAGGAGGAAGGCGGCAGCAGCAGCGCCAACAGCACCGGCGAGGACUCGGCGUUCCAGGAGGCGGACUCGCCGCUCUCGGCCGCGCGCACCCCGGCGCGGAGCGAGCCGCCCCUGAUGGAAGAGGAGGAGGAGGAGAUGGAGCCGGCGGCGGCGCCGCUGCCGGACGAGGGGGACUCGUGGGAGGAGGAAGGGUUCGGCUCCUCGCCGGUCAAGUCGCCCGGAGCCUAUUUCCUGCUCGACUCGCCCUCGCCGCUGGCCCCGCACAAGGGCCGCCGCUGCUGCGAGCGCUCCCCGCCGCACCCGGCGGCCGGGGGAUACCGGGGGCCGCGAGGCGAGGAGCCCGGCUCGCCGCUGCCCGACUACCCGGGCACGCCGCCGCACAAGACCCUGCGCAAGCUGCGCCUCUUCGACACGCCGCACACGCCCAAGAGCUUGCUUUCUAAAGCACAAGGACUAGGCUCCAGCUCAGUCAAACUUCGAGGGGGCUCACUGUUUAUGAAUGUUGGGAAAUCUGAGAAGCAAGAAGAAGAUUUUAGACAAACACCUCAUGUGAACAUCAAUCCCUUCACUCCCGAUUCCAUGUUCCUUCACAACUCUGAAGGAAAAUGUCGUAGGAGGAAGAGGAUACACUGGAACGACUCUUGUGGAGAGGACAUGGAACCAAGUGAUGGAGAGCCUGAAGAGGAAACCAUGAGACCUGCUAAGAGGAUAACAAUAACAGAAAGUAAUAUGAAGUCACGGUAUGCAACUGAAUUUCAUGAACUGGAGAAGAUUGGAUCUGGUGAAUUUGGUUCUGUGUUCAAAUGUGUGAAGAGGUUAGAUGGUUGCAUUUAUGCAAUAAAGCGAUCCAAGAAACCCUUGGCUGGCUCAGUGGAUGAGCAGAAUGCUUUAAGAGAGGUCUAUGCACAUGCAGUUCUGGGACAGCAUUCUCAUGUAGUGAGGUACUACUCUGCAUGGGCAGAAGAUGAUCAUAUGCUUAUACAGAAUGAAUAUUGCAAUGGUGGCAGUUUAGCAGAUGCCAUAAGUGAAAAUUACAGGAAUAUGCGUUACUUUACUGAACCAGAACUGAAGGACCUGCUACUUCAAGUGGCUCGAGGUUUAAAAUACAUACAUUCAAUGUCACUGGUACACAUGGAUAUCAAACCUAGUAAUAUUUUCAUAUCUAGGACAUCAGUCCCGAGUAUAACUUUAGAAGAAGGUGAUGAUGAUGACUGGUCAUCUGACAGAGUCAUAUUUAAAAUAGGUGACCUUGGUCAUGUAACUCGAGUAUCCAGUCCCCAAGUGGAAGAAGGCGACAGCCGUUUUCUUGCAAAUGAAGUCCUACAAGAGAACUACACUCAUUUGCCUAAAGCGGAUAUUUUUGCUCUCGCUCUGACUGUUGUCUGUGCUGCUGGGGCUGAACCACUUCCAACUAAUGGGGACCAAUGGCAUGAAAUCCGACAAGGAAAACUACCUAGACUACCACAAGUGCUUUCUCAAGAACUACUAGACUUACUAAAAGUUAUGAUUAAUCCUGAUCCAGAGAAAAGGCCUUCAGCUGUGGCACUAGUCAAGCAUUCAGUGCUUCUCUCUGCUGCAAAAAAGAGUGCAGAGCAGCUCCGGAUAGAACUGAACGCUGAGAAAUUCAAAAACUCGCUCUUGCAGAAAGAGCUGAAGAAGGCACAGAUGGCGAAGGCUGCGGCCGAGGAGCGAGCGCUGUUCACUGACAGAAUGACAACGAGAUCUACAACACAAAACAGACCAUCUCGACUCAUUGGGAAGAAAAUGAACCGCUCACUUAGUCUUACUAUCUACUAACUAUAAAGUCUGAAAGAACUACUGAGAUGGCUGUAGCAUCUCUGCUGGACUGAAGCCUCAGGAAUUGAAGGAAGCAUUCAAUUCCUGGUUUCUUGUCCUAUCUGUGAUCAGUGUCACUAGUUUUACAUCUAUUGCUUCUGGGUUUUCACUUGUACUAUAUGGCUGACUAUAGCUGUAUUAACCAUUUGAGUUUGUGGACUCGGUUACUCUCUUGUCUGUAGAGGAUCCUGGAUGUUGAUCCAUAAGCCUUUCGGUUACACUGUUAGAUGUUAUGUUGUCCCAGGGUUAACCACUAUAGUGGUGUGCUGCUUUGUAGCGUUACAGCAUUGUAAUAAGAAGCAAUAUCCCUAAUCUUUAAGAAGGAGGGAGGGGGCCUUGCUUUGAUAGUUAAUUUUUUUUUUUGGAGCAGUGGGGAAUAACUUUUGAAAGACAGGCUUUAAGGCCACCUACAGUCGAUGUACCUGAUGUCAGGUAGACUUUUGUUGUGAAUUUUAUUUUGUGUAUUCAACUGGGAGCACUUUGUAGGCAUUGCAUAAACCACAGCUUAGAAACCUGUGGAAUUAAGUGCCAUGUGGAACUGCUGCUAUUUUUAGUUUGUUGUCCUUGCUGUAAACUGUAGCAUUAAAACAAUCAUUAUUGUGUUAAUAGGCUUCUUGUUAAAACAAUUAAGUGAAACAUGUAAGCUGCAUUUUAGUGAAGGCAGCAUUUUUCUCUCAAAGCUAGUGCAUUGUGAAAUAAUGCACCAAUUUAAUAUUUGGACUCUGUAUUAGUGUAGUGCAAUUGUUAAUGUCUUUGCUAUUGAUGUUUUGUAAUUCUUUUUAAUAAGGUUCUCAAAAUGUUCAUAUUUUCUUCAGUUGCCUGUUCUUGAGGCUAUUGUACGUUUGUUUCUUUUAUGUUGGAGUACUUGUAAAUAGUUUAGUGUGUUCAGGUUGUUUUUCAUUGUUUAUGUACAUAAGUUUGAUUGUGCUUAUAGUGUACUAUACUGAAACUGCAGUCUGGGAUGCCAACAGCUUAACUGUUCGGUUUUAAGUUCCAAAAUAUUGAACAGAAUGUGGCCAUCAGAACCUGUGCUGAUACUGAACCUAGGCUGAUAGAAGAACUGUUCUAAUUACUGGCUUGUCUCUUCAUGCAUUUUACUCUAAAAAAUGUUUCCCAUUUGUGCUCUAUUUGUUCUUGCUAGUGUUGAAUUUGAAUAUUAAAGUUAAAAGUUUCAUUUGUUUAA